GUUCUGUCAAAACCAAGCACGUCAUCAGAGAGAUUGCAACACGAGCUAAUGUUCAGUAAAAGCUAGACAAUGGACCUCAAAAAAGGAAAGGCGGUGCAGGAAAAACUUUGAGAAAAGUGACAAAAAAAAGGGCUUAGGUCCGACUCUGCUAAAUGUGUAAAAUUAACCGAACUCUUUUCAAAAGGUUUAAAUCCGGCUGCUGCAGCGGAGGACAGUUAGUGCCGCAGAGUCUGUGAACACCCUGCAGUUCUGACCAUUUCGCUUAACUGACCCUUAAAAAACCAGACAUCUUGAGACGCCUGCUGUCCAUGUUAUUGUCUUUGUCCAGACCUGUGCUCAUACGCCAACUAAAACAAUGGGAAGUUUGAGGUUCCAUGCAUUUCUCCUGCUGCUCUUCACUACUGUAGAAGCGAUAGAAAUGGGCUUGUUUCCUGAAGCUGCUGAUUACUCAUUCUACAACUGUCGGAAAGAGAUGCUGCAGAUGGUCACAAAAAGUGGAGGUCUGCUGCAGACUGAGCUUAACAAAAAUACUGAUUUUAAAAAAAUGUGGAAAAGUAAUGCAGCAUGUGGACAGGCCAUUCCAGGGAGUACACCGGAGCACAUGGCUGCGCUGAAGAGUUAUGGUGAUGCUACUCCUGAAUUUCGUAAAAUGUUCAAGGAGUUGGUUCAGAACCAUGGCAGGAGCAGUUCGACUUACCGAGACGAGUUUCCUUUCAAAUCUCUUUUCUUCCUGCUGACAGAUGCCAUGCAACUCACAGACCAAAAGAAAUGUCGUACAGUGUAUUCUGGCACAGAGGAGGAAUAUAAGACCACAACUGAGCAGAAAGUUCGUUUUGUGAGUUUUUUUCCAGCAAAACUGAAAUUUACUGAUGCAACUGAAGAUGCAAGUGUAGAUGAAAACACUGGGACUGUUUUCAACAUCACGUCUUGUUCUGUGAUCAGUCUUGAUGAGUAUGGGUGUAAUUCAGAAGACAUGGAUGCGCUAAUAUCACCCACUGAAGUUUUCACAGUUAAAGAUAUCACAACUGUUAGGAAUAUUAAUGAUAACUAUAAAAAGAUCACCUUGGUGCAUUCUGAAUUUUACAAUACUUCUGACUGCAGCAGCCUUGCCAGCUUGUCUGAAGAAUCUAAAGAAUCAUCGUCAAGUUUCCUGAGUCCCAGUUUCCUGAAUCUGACGGCUUCCUUUCUCAUGCUGUGCUUCUACACGCUGAUUCUGUAAUAAACUCUGUAUGUUCUCAGAAAUGGAUGAAAUGUAAUGGUUACAUUCAUUCUGUUAAUGCAUGUUUACCGCAUUCAGUGUUCUAGACUUAUAAGGAUGAAUUUAUCACAAUAAUAAAUUACUUUUAUUAUUAAUUUUAAA